AUGCGGUGGUCCGCAACCAAAUUGCUCUACCAGGAAUACAGCGAUGAUGCCCUGAACAAAGCCAUCCAGAGCCAAAAACAGGUCGAUUCCCUGUCCGAAGAGGCGGAACCGCUAUCCCCAAAGCUGCGGAGGAAAGUGCCGAUCUCUCAGGACUCCUACUUGCAACGCCUGUCCGUCUCAUCGGGCUCUUCGCUGUGGCAGGACAUCCCCAUGGUGCGAGGCAGCACCAUGUUGCUUAGCAUGACCCGUGAGGAGCAGAAGCUGCAGGAGGCCAAGUUUGAACUGAUUGCAUCCGAGGCCUCUUACCUGCGGAGCCUGAACGUGGCCGUGGACCACUUCCAGCACUCCCAGGAGCUUCAGGGGGUUUUAAGCACUCAGGACAGACAGUGGCUUUUCUCCCGUCUUCAGGAUGUCCGGGACGUUAGCGCCAACUUCCUCUUUGAACUGGAAGAGAAGCUUGAGGAGAACAUGUUCACCUUCAAUGUCUGUGACGUGGCGCUCAGAAACGCACCGGAAUUUCGCAGGGUCUACUUGCCAUAUGUGACCAACCAGACCUAUCAGGACCAGACUUUUCAGAGACUGAUGAAUGGGGUUCCUGCUUUCCAACAGGUCUUGGAGAAACUGGAAAGUGACCCUGUGUGCCAGCGCCUCUCCCUCAAAUCCUUCCUCAUUCUUCCAUUCCAGCGCAUCACACGACUGAAGCUCCUUCUCCAGAACAUCUUAAAAAGAAUUCCACCCGGGGCCGACGAAGAGGUCCAAGCCACCCAGGCAUACGAUGCUCUUGAGAAGCUCAUCAAAGACUGCAAUGCAAACGUCCAGCGUAUGAAGAGCACCGAAGAAUUAAUUCACUUAAGUCAAAAUAUGGAGUUUGAGUGCAAG